CGGAUACGGGAACGUAUCGGAUACGCCGAUACGCUACCCUAGCGAAGUAUCCGUGCUUCAUAGGCAGCCCCCAUCCUCGUGUCUGCUCGACCUCUCCAGCUAUCUGCUUCAGGACAAUAGUUCCGCAAAUUAAACAAUAGUAAUUCUGAGGUAUGUUCGCUCUCCACAAAUCAUCUGGUUGAAUGAUCCGCCCAAACAUUCAGCAAAAGUUCUCAAAUUUAUAGCUCUAUGUAUAAUUCUUUUCCUUACAAAUAAAAUAACAUGGAAUUUCAGUAUUUGGCGAAAUUGUGGCUACAUUUAGAAGUUCAUCUUUUCCUCAUUCGUUUUUAAUCUCGGUUAAAGCUUCCAAAUGUGAUUCUGAACGCGAUUUCAAUGUGUGGAGAUAUGUGCGAGCAGCAUACCAAGGUUAAAUGUGAGAUCCUAGCAUGGAUUGGAAGGGGUCUAAUAUAUCGUUAAUCGUGGACCCUAAGUUGAACUGUAUGAUCCUAGAACCAAAGUGACUAUGUAAUAUUUAUAAAAUUUGCCUCUAUGUUGUUUUGUUUUAAGCCCAAUGCACAUUGGCAUUCCUGCAUGGCGAGGGUUCGGGGAAGGGUCCCACCACAAGGGUGUAUAAGGAGCAAGUCUUCCCCUGUGAUUUGAAAAGAGGCUGCUCCCAAGACUUGAAUUUGUGACCUCUCAGUCAGCAACACCAUAACUGAUUUAUGUUAUUGUAGAUCUCUUCUGCAAAUCUUGAGCCUCAUCAUCCCUGUUUUGAAGUAUGAAUAUUUUCAAACAAUUGGUGCCAAUACCAUUUUCUGUAAGACGCGCUACGAAGCCUUGUAUUGCAAUCAGCUGUUCUCUUUUUCAUUCACCUUCCCAAAGCAUUGUGGAAGUUCAUUCUCAAGAACAUGAAGUAGCCAUUGCUUUGGGCAGCAAUAUGGGGGAUAGACUUCAUAAUUUUGAUGAAGCCUUGGACCGUAUGAGAAAAUCUGGCAUCCAAAUUACCAGACAUGGUUGUUUGUACGAGACCCCUCCAGCUUACGUGACCAAUCAACCCCAGUUUCUCAAUUCUGCCAUUAGAGCACUUACAAAACUCAGGCCUUUUGAGCUCUUACAGGUUCUCAAGAAGAUCGAAAAGGAUCUUGGACGUACGGACGGGAUCCGAUACGGUCCAAGACCGAUUGAUUUGGAUAUAUUGUUUUACGGUAACUUCAAGAUACAUUCUGAGUCCCUUGUUGUCCCACACGAGAGAAUUUGGGAGAGACCGUUUGUUGUUGGACCGUUGAUUGAUCUACUCGGGUCCGAUAUCGAAAAUGACACUGCAGCAUGCUGGCAUUCAUUUUCUGGUAGGGAUAUUUUUGAGUUGUGGGAAAAACUCGAUGGAAAAGAUGAUAUGAAACGGGUGUUGCCUGUCGGUGACCGUUUUUGGGACUGGUCAUCAAAAACAUCUGUAAUGGGUAUACUUAAUUUGACCCCGGAUAGUUUUAGUGAUGGGGGGAAGUAUUUUUCUGUUGAUUCUGCAGUUACACAAGCCCGUGCAAUUCUUGCGGAAGGCGCGGAUAUACUUGAUCUCGGAGCACAGUCCACCCGCCCAAUGGCUUCUAACAUUUCACCAGAAGAAGAACUAGGUAGACUGAUGCCCGUUGUUGAGGCGGUUACAAAAUUGCCCGAGGCUGAAGGGAAGCUCAUAUCCGUGGAUACCUUUUACUCACAGGUCGCGCUAGAAGCCAUUAAUAAUGGAGUACACAUUGUGAAUGACAUAUCGGGUGGACGCAUGGAUUCCAAUAUGCAUAGUGUCGUUGCGGGCCUCAAAGUUCCUUAUAUUGCCCUUCACACGAGAGGCUGCCCAUCUACGAUGCAGAAUGCUGAGAAUCUACAGUAUGAUGAUGUGUGUAAAGAAGUUGGGCAUGAGCUGUGUGAACGUGUUCGGGAUGCUGAGUUGGCAGGAAUUCCAGCUUGGAGGGUCAUUGUGGACCCAGGGAUUGGGUUCUCAAAGAACACUAAACAGAACCUUGAUCUUCUCGCAGGUUUGGGAAGUGUUAGAACCGAAAUGAGGAAGAGAAGUUUGGCUGUGUCACAUUCCCCCCUUUUGGCUGGACCUUCAAGGAAAAGAUUCUUGGGUGAAAUAUGUGAUCGUCCGGUAGCUUUCGAGCGGGACUCGGCAACUGUUGCUGCUGUCUCUGCUGCUGUUCUGAAUGGCGCCAAUAUUGUAAGAGUGCAUAAUGUUAGAGAUAAUUUGGAUGCUGUAAGGCUCUGUGAUGCAAUGCUUGGUAGGAGGGAUACAAUUUAUUAGAAAGAUGUCAGAAGCUUAUCCAACUCAUAGAACUAUUUCUAGUAACAUAUUCCAGUUUUGCAAUUGCAUAAGCUUGAUUUUUUUAAAAUGAUACCUUCUAUUGUUUAGAAAUGUCUAGAUGUUUUUGUGGAAUUCGUGAAGUUUUUCUUGGAUCUUAAAUCAUUUUUUAAAGCGUUGUACUAAAUCUGUGAUUAAGAUAAAAUACUCCAGCAAUACAGCCUUGUUUCUAAUACAAGUUAAUCUUUUUUA